AUGUCUAAAACUGAAAUUGAAGGGAAUGGAGAAGUUAAUUCUUCAGACAUCCCAAAAGGAGAUCACCAGGCCCACGAGAUGAGGGACCCGAAAACUAAUGAUUCACUACCAUCACGAUCACCUUCUGUUCAAUACCAAUUAAAACAAGUAGUUGGUAAAGGCUCAUAUGGGGUUGUAUAUAGGGCUGUCAACAAAAAGAGUAAACAAACUGUGGCUAUCAAGGAGAUUAAUUACGAUAACGAUGAGGAAUUAAGUGAAAUUAUGAUCGAAAUCGAUUUGUUGAAGAAUUUGAACCAUAUCAACAUUGUUAAAUAUCAUGGUUUUAUCCAGAAAUCAUCAAAUCUCUACAUUAUACUUGAGUAUGCUUCACAUGGUUCCUUGAAGAGUCUUUUUGCUAAGAGGCCUAAUAAAAGAUUAGAAGAGAACGAAACUACUAUAUACAUUAAACAAACUUUACACGGUUUGAACUAUCUACAUGAACAAGGUGUCAUACACAGAGAUAUUAAGGCUGCAAAUCUCCUCUUAGACGCUAACAAUGUUGUGAAAUUGGCCGAUUUUGGGGUUUCGACAAUGGUAAACAAUACUGCGAUGACACUAGCUGGGUCUUUAAAUUGGAUGGCACCCGAAAUAAUUACGAACAAAGGUGCUUCAACACUGAGUGAUAUAUGGUCCCUAGGGGCUACAGUGGUGGAGUUAAUGACCGGGAAUCCUCCAUUUCAUAAUCUGAUUGAUAUCAAUAUCUACUAUGCCAUAGAAAACGAUAAAUAUUAUCCUCCAGACUCACUACCGGAUAAAUGCAAACAUUUCCUGAAGCAGUGCUUCCAUAAAUCAAUGUAUAGAAGACCCACAGCGGCACAGUUACUAAAACACCCAUGGUUACGGGACAUAAGAAAUGUUGGCCCAAAAGUCUCUAAAGAGAGGAAACUGUCAAAGUUUCAAGAAAAUGAUACAGAUAUGGAUCAAGAUUGGGAUUCUGAUUUUACAGAGUCUACAAACACACCAAAGAACAGUUUGACAAAUUUUGUUGCGAAGAGAGCUUCAAAUAGCGAUAUCUACAUAUCUAGGACAUCGUCACCUGGAAGACCAGGUGCCAUACAGCUCCAUAGAUCGCCAACUAGGUCACCUGUAAAGUUAGGUAGAUACGUUUCAGGUGAUAGUGAUAUAUUUGAUGAACUUAAUAAAGAUAUAAAUGAAUUAGAGGAUGAAUUACCGGCCAGUGGAUAUUAUUAUCUUGAAAAGAUACGAUCUGGUGGAAUAUUAGCGAAAGAAAAGCUACCAUUGAUAUUUAACGAUUGUAAAACUAGUGAUAUUGUUGAAUGCUUAUUUCUUUUACUUAGAAACGAAUGUAUCAUAGAUGAGAAAACAGAAACAAUGAUUCGAUUAUUUGAAUAUGAUAUUAAAUCAAAUGAGUCUAAAGUUAAAAAUCAGUUUAUCAAUUACGGGGGAUUGAUCAAGGCUUUUGAUAAUGAACAAUUGAUAUCUAAAUGCUUCUUAAUGGAGACAUCUAAGUCUCUGUCUGGAUAUCAAUUUAUGUUUCAAUGCGGGAUAAUGAAUCACAUACAGAAUUACAACUCUAAUCCAUGCGUUUAUUUAGAACUCGUGUAUCGUUAUCUUGAUGUAACAUCUAUCAAAUUUUGGUAUAAUUGGUGUGUUACCAACUUAGAUGUUGCAUUAUUGGUAAAAGAAUUAUCUGGCGACAAAAGAGCUCAAUCAAUAUUAAUUAAAUUAUCCUCAUGGGACAAUAGAGUUAAUGCAGAACAUUCCCACUGGACAUUACAAACGAUAUUACCAAAGAUUAUUGACCAAUAUUCCAGAUUAGAUUCAUUAAAUUUACAUUGCAUGUAUAUUGUAUUGAAGUCAAUGACGUUGAUGUUACAGACACCUUACAGCGAUGAAUCAGUGCCAGACGAUACCAAUACCCCUUAUCAUUCAGUAGAUAGAACUCCCAGUGGAAAUAUGAUAAGAUCUGCGCAAUCAAACAGUAAUAAUGGAUCUCCUAUCAAACAAACAUAUUUAACAACUUUUCAAACACAUGAAUAUAGAAACUCUAGUAUCAAUGACUCGAUAUCUGCCUUGGCGUUACCUGUUGGAACCCAAAAGUGGCUCUUAGGAAUCCUCGGUCAUGAAAAUACACUAAUAAAAGUGUCAAAUAUCCAUGUUUGGAAGUAUUUUACGAAAGUUUGUUACAAUGCAUCACAUUUAGAUCCUGGGUUUCUCAGUUUAUUGUACUCUAGUCCAUUAUUAUUUCAAUUAUUAGAUUCUUUAUUGGAUCAAUAUAAAUCAAGUCAUAACCAGGCAACAAGAAAAUCGUUGGUAUCUAUAUUAAGACAAUGGCUCAUGCUACUUGUGGAAAUAUCACGUAAAAAAACGUUACCAGAUAAAGCAAACCAUGAAGCUCUUUUCUUCCAAAUCGUAGCAUCGUUUAUGAAAUUAAACAAAUUCAGUUCUCUAGGCAUAGAAAUCAUCUUAAAUAUCUUACAAAGGAAUGGAUCAUUACUUAAAGGCUCUACACGUAAAGAAAUGGCACUUCUACUCAAGACAAGUGGGAUCCUAGGGCGAGUAUUUUAUGAAUUUGACCCAGAAGAUAUAGAUUUCAGCGCGUUUGUAAAUAGAUAUACUAAACUGUGCUCGCUUCAACCUUAUGACACAUUCUGCAAGGAUAUUUUAUGCCAGGGGUCAUUUUUAAAGCGUAUCCAAGUGUUUUUCGAAACAUACGAGAGUAGUAUUCUUAUCCAACUGGAUCUGUUGAAGCUAUUGAAAGUACUAUUCUUGCAUGGGGAUCACUCGGAUUCUGCAGUUCACGAUGUCCUGGUACCGGUUGUUAAAUUUCUCAACAGCAACUGGAAAUCUCAAGGUACAACUGCGCACCAAAGACAAGUAGGAGGAGACUCGGUGCUACUUAUUCAGCUUUGCAAUGACUUGAGAUCGCUGAUUUCAUCAUCCUGA